AUGAGUUCGAAUAGUCAUGAUAAUGACGAAAAAGGAGAAUCUACCAUCUCAGUUCUUCAAAACAUAACCAGUGGGUCAUCAUCUCCAAAUACCACAACCAUCGACACUAAUAAUAACAGUAAUAAUGAAUCACAAGGUGUAUGGACAAGUUUCCUAGAUUCAUUUAAACCAGUGAUACCUGGUGAAACAUUAACCAGCAUGCAUGUCGAUGACGAUAAAUCAUUAACAAACUUACAACGAAUCAAUCUCAACUCCGCCAACUCCAAUUUAAAAAGAAAAUUAAAAACCAGACAUUUACAAAUGAUAAGUAUAGGAAGUUCAAUCGGGAGUGGACUUUUAGUUGGGAGUGGAGGUGCAUUAUCAACCGGUGGACCAGCUGGUGUAAUGAUUGGUUGGAUCGUUAUGGCUUCUUGUGUUUAUGCUACCAUGCAAGGAUUAGGUGAAUUAGCUGUGACAUUUCCUAUCAGUGGUGGAUUUAAUGUUUAUGCUAGUAGAUUUCUUGAACCUGCUAUUGGAUUUGCUAUUGGAUGGAAUUACUUCAUGCAAUUUUUUGUUUUAUUACCAUUGGAAUUGGUGGCUUGUUCAAUCACGAUUAAAUAUUGGAAUCAUGAUAUUAAUUCAAUUGUAUUUGUGAUUAUCUUUUGGGUUUGUAUUGUCUUCAUAACACUUUUAGGAGUUAAAGGGUAUGGUGAAUCUGAAUUCAUAUUCUCCAUGGUUAAAAUCGUUGCUAUAUUAGGAUUUAUUAUUCUUGGUGUGGUAUUAAUUUGUGGUGGUGGUCCAAAUCAUACAUUUGUAGGAGGAAAAUUCUGGAGAACACCAGGACCAUUUGCUUUUGGGUUUAAAGGGGUGGCAACUACAUUCGUUACAGCUGCAUUUAGUUAUGGUGGUACAGAAAUGAUUGGUUUAACUGCUGCUGAAACUGAAAAUCCAAGAAAAACCCUUCCAAAGGCUAUCAAACAAGUUUUCUGGAGAAUUGCUUUAUUCUACAUCAUCUCAUUAACUUUAGUUUGUACAUUAGUGGGAUACAAUGAUGAUAGACUUAUUGGAGCCUCAAGUGUCGAUGCUACUGCUUCCCCAUUCGUUAUUGCAAUUGUGAAUGGAGGUAUCAGAGGGUUGCCAAGUGUAAUGAAUGCCGUUAUUUUAAUCUCAGUAUUAUCAGUUGGUAAUGCAUCUGUAUACGCUACUUCAAGAUCAUUAAACUCCUUAGCUGAACAAGGAAUGGCACCAAAAUGGACCGGAUACGUUGAUAGAGCCGGUAGACCCCUCUUUGCUAUUUUACUUACUGAUGCAUUUGGAUUAUUUGCUUUAAUUGUGGCAAGUAAUAAACAAGUGGAAGCUUUCGAUUGGUUAUUAGCUUUAUCAGGAUUAAGUUCAGUGUUCACAUGGUUGGCGAUUAAUUUAAGUCAUAUAAGAUUCAGAAGAGCCAUGCAUGUUCAAGGCCGUUCUCUUAAUGAAUUAUCCUACGUUUCCCAAGCUGGAGUUUGGGGUUCUUAUUAUGGAGCCUUAAUCAAUAUCCUUGUUUUAAUUGCUCAAUUCUGGAUUGCAGUAUUCCCAAUUGGUGAAGCUCCAAGUGCAUAUAAUUUCUUCUUAUCAUAUUUAGGAUUCCCUGUACUUAUAACAUCAUGGUUAUUCUAUAAAAUUUGGAAAAAAGAUUGGACUCCAUUCAUUAGAGCUAAGGAUAUUGAUGUUGACGCUGGUAGAGCUAAUAUUGAUCUUGAUUUAUUACAACAAGAGAUUGCGGAAGAGAAAGCCCAAUUGGCUGAAAAAUCAUUUAUAGUUAGAUGGUAUAGAUUCUGGUGUUAA